AUGCACAACACUCAAGCCAAAGUUCAGCGUCGGAUUUCCGCAGAAAAGCUGGCCGAGAUCGACAUUGAUGAGCCGGAGGUUCUUCUGCUGGAUGAGUUGGAGGAACCAGUCGAUCAAGGCCCUGUGCCCAGAUUUUCCAGAGCUGCUGGUGGCCGUCUUCGGUGGGUGGAUGGGGGGCAACUCAACAACCACCCAUCUCGCUACCGACUUGACUCACAACUCAAACAACCCAACACCCCGACACCGCCUCCGAUUCCUUUGAACACUGCGACUCGCACACCUCAAACAACCAGGCCAACAGAAGAUCGGAUUGCCUUGAACACCCGAUUCGGCUGA